UUCGGGGUAAAUCGGUCUUCAGAUCACAAUAUGGCCUCUCCGAAGGCAAACUUUUGUUAUUCGCCUGAUAACGUUUAGUAACCGUUAUCAUCCGAUUUCUUACAAUCUACGUGUACGAUACAUAAGACAAGUUAGAAGCCGUGUUGAGUGAGUCGUGUAGAAACAAUGACGACCCUGUCGCCGUUCACGCCGCCGAUUGUGAAGAGUCUAUUGGCGUGGAAGAAGGGUGAGCAUGAUCGUGAUGACAAAUGGUCCGAAAAGGCUGUGAAAAGUUUAGUUAAAAAGUUGAAAAAGACAGGCGGAAUAGACGAGCUGAAGAAGGCAUUGUCGACACAAGAUCCCAACACGAAGUGCAUCACGAUCCCCAGGUCUCUCGAUGGCCGCCUCCAAGUCUCUCACCGCAAGGGUCUGCCGCACGUCAUCUACUGCCGCCUGUGGCGGUGGUCAGACCUCAACUCCCACCAAGAGCUGCGAGCCAUCGACAAAUGCGAGUACGCAUUCUUGCUGAAGAAGGACGAAGUAUGUGUCAACCCCUACCACUACACAAGGGUUGAACCACCAGUGCUGCCCCCUGUACUGGUGCCGCGACACACUGAGAUCCCAGAGACCAUCCCGAAGCUUGACGACUACGCCACAACUGUGCCCGAAAACACGGAUUUCCCAGCCGGCAUCAAUGAGAACUUUAAUAUCCCUGACACACCGCCAUCUGGCUACAUGAGCGAGGAGGGUGAUACCACGGACAAUUCUGGAAUGGAUGGAAUUGAUGUGUCACCCAGUCCCCCUGCACUACCAGCAGAGAACAACGACCUUCAGCCUGUCACCUACAAAGAGCCUGAGUUCUGGUGCUCCAUUGCGUACUACGAGCUGAACACCCGCGUCGGGGAGACGUUCCACGCAUCGCAGCCCUCGCUGACCGUCGAUGGCUUCACGGACCCCUCCAACUCUGAGCGCUUUUGUCUGGGGCUUCUGUCGAAUGUCAACCGAACACAGCAAGUGGAGAUGACCAGACGCCAUAUUGGCAAGGGCGUACGCCUGUACUACAUCGGAGGUGAGGUGUUUGCAGAGUGUCUCAGUGAAAAUGCUGUGUUUGUACAGAGCCCCAACUGCAACCAGCGCUACGGCUGGCAUCCUGCGACGGUCUGCAAGAUACCACCAGGGUGUAAUCUGAAGAUAUUCAACAACCAGGAGUUCGCAGCCCUCCUGGCCCAGUCUGUCAACCAAGGAUUUGAAUCCGUGUACCAGCUCACACGAAUGUGUACCAUCAGGAUGAGCUUUGUCAAAGGCUGGGGUGCAGAGUAUAGACGUCAGACAGUCACCAGCACGCCCUGUUGGAUUGAAAUCCAUCUGAACGGUCCUCUACAGUGGCUUGAUCGAGUCCUCACACAAAUGGGAUCGCCUGGACUCCCAUGUUCCAGCAUGUCCUAGAUAAUCACCUCCAGGGGUCAAGGUCAGGGUCGUUGUUGUGACCUCAGAGGUCAAAGCAAGGUCAAGUGCAGAUUUUCACCCAGCAUGUGACCUGUAGAGGUCAGGUUGUUGUCAUGACCUUCAAGGUCAGAGCAAGGUCAAGUGCAUUUUUUCCCCAGCUUUGUGACCUACAGAGGUCAAAACACAGGUCGUGACAUUGAGAGGUCAUAUAUAAUGGCGGAAGUACAACACCACCUCUCCCAAGUGAAGACUAUUUCUUGUGAAUGCUGCAAACAUUCAGUGAUUUUUUUUAUACCGGUGAAGUGAGACAUAUUGGUUUAUGUGAAGUGGAAAGAAACAUGGAGACAUGGCUGAGCGACAUUUGUACAGAAUGAUGUAGUCCAUCGCUGGAGGAUAGACUGCGUAAAAGUCAUUGAACAUUGUUUCAUCGUCCCGGCAUUGUGUCUCCCUGCCUCAAUAUACAAUUACAAAUAUAUCCAUCAUAGAUUUCUAGUACAUUAUGCAGUAUGCCAAAAACUUUCUCGAAAUCUAUUGAUACUGAAUCCGUUUCCUUGGAUACCACAUCCGAGGCUGCUGUUUCCAAGGUAACAUGCUUCAGUGAGAUUAUAUUUCUUUUUCUCUCUUACGACAAGCCUGUGCUCUUUGAACCUCAGAUCUGUCUGAGUUUCAUUAAAAGUUGUCCGUGGACAAUUUAGCCAGUUACCUUGGUUAUCACCUUAUAUUAUGUUGCCAUGGCUUCAGUGUCACCAUGGUUACAAAAGUUUGUGUUUUUUCAUGAUCAACAAUGGAUUGCCAGGAAGCUUUCUGUAGAUCGUCAGGCUCCUUACAGAUAUUUUUGUUAGCACAAUGAUAGUCGUUAUGUCAAAUCACAGAACCACACACAACUAAGACCACCCACAAACGUUUUAAGGAAACAUUUUUUCAGUAUCUGAGCACCCUUUACAGUCUGUCAUGCCAUGAAAAGCCACAAUAAAUUAACUGACGAUUGAUAUGUUGACAGGGUUUUACACAGACUUUUAAAAAUGGGAGUCACAGUGACUCACAGUAUAUAUUUUUGGGAGUCAUUUUCAAUGUUUGGGAGUCAUGAAAAUUUUAA